CAGAUGUCAACUCCCUACCUAAACCCAUACAAUACCUCUAUGUGCUAGUAUUAUAGCGAAAGGUAUAAGUUGGAUUAAGCUCCCUUCUCGAGCAGCGGCGAAACACCAGAAGCCGACCUAUUGGAGCUGAUCAGCGAAGAAGCAUACAUCACGAACAGAAAAGCCAUUAGCGGUGUAUACGGUAGGAAGGGAGUGCUUGUCAGGAUGAGCGAGAGCAGUAUCACAAGCCUGAUGGAGCUGGGAGCCAACCGGGCUCAGGCUGUGGCAGCGUUGAAGGCGGCGAAGGGGGAUGUGAUGACAGCCACAGAUCGGUAUUUUGGAGGAGAAUACGAUGACUUGGAAGACGUUACUGGUGAUGAUGAUGAUAGACCCGAUGAAAAUGAAAAGAGAGAAAAUCCGAUCGGAAUAGACGCAGGGGCAGCAGAUGAGCAGUCCGAUUGGGAGGAGGACUGGAAUGAGGAUGGUGGAGACGACGAGGAUUACGAGCUCGGAAUGCAUGAUGCCACUGAUAGUCAACAUGUGGUAUCGGAUCCUUACGCAAAUAUCUUCUACUCUAAGGACCGGGUGGAGGAAGUCGUCGAGGUGGAAGACGAGCCUAUAAGCGGGAGUAUGACCGUGAAGGGCCAACAAGAUAACGAGGAGCUUCGUUACAAGAUCCUUCCUAAGGGAGCCUGGAUGAGCGGAUGCCCCGAGAUGGGUGAACAGGGCAUUCUCUUCCAACUCUAUCAUCAAUUGAGUGAAGGAGAAAUGCGAUGUACAAAGAAGGAAUGCUCGGGCACGAUCAACCGGGACCAGACGGACUUUUUCGCUCUAUUCGACACCUUUGGAAUCUACCUGUCGCACACUCAACAACGGAUUCGACGGGAUUGUCCGAUAUGUAGUACGACCUAUUGUUUGGCCUGUGAGGAACCGGUCCGUUCGAGCAAGGGGAAAACUACCGCCACGAACCUCGACAACACCGAAGUCGGCGGCGGGUUCGAAGAGCUGGUACAUUGUCCAAACAUCCAGGGGAUUCUUGUGGGAGUCGGGCUACACUACGCUCAGGACAUCUAUCUAGAACCACUCCCUACCGUCUCCGCCCCGACGAAGGCAAGCGUUUCUACGCCCAGCAAGCGCAAAAAGGCGACCGAGGACUCUUCAGACGAAGAAUUACAAGCUAGCAAUAAGAAGAUGUCGACGACGGGCUCGAGCAAGACCACCCCUACAAAGAAGACGUCUGCUGCACUGGUCAAGAAGAAAGCGGGGACGGGCACAGGAUACUCGGGCAAUACGAGGGAAGAUCAAACUGGCCAGCAGAAUGCAGCGAAAGCACAAGAACAGAAGGACAAGACCUUGGAGACACUGCUCCGUGAUAUCAGGGUAUACCUGCCGAAUCCUUUCCGAAGAGGCGGAGCUAGGUCUUCCGACACGAUGAUGCACAGCUCGGUACUAUGCCACUUGCGAAGACGCUUCAACCAGAUCGCGUGCUCUCUACUUCAAUCGGACAGUAUCACGGAUAUCUAUCAUCGAGAGGCCCUCUUCACGGAAUUGAUGGAAUGGCUACAGAUCCUGUCACAACACGAUGGACUGGCGAGCGCACUAGCCAUGCCACACAUGCGUGCAGCAUCGGUCAGGAUUGACAAGAGAGAUAGUAGGGAGGAGAAAGUUGUGCGUUAUGAGGGUAUGGCUAGUCCCCGGGAACUACUGGAAAGAAUCGUCAUACAAUGUACCGAAACCUUGAGAUCGCUCGGAAACGCUCGAAAGCUCGAGGCAGAAGAAGUGGCUGGAACGGCCAAGGGUAAGCCUGGUAAAAAGAAGGUUCUGACGCCAGAUAGUACAGUAGGAGACUCCGAGACCGCUGCGCUAGAACGCUUCUGUCAGAUGAUCACCAGGAGAGCUGCUUCUGUUGAUGAGGCGUUGAACUUGACCAAGGGGCAAGCUUUCAUGUUAAGGAUGAAAGAAGAACUGCCUGCCUUGGGACGAAACGCGGUGUCGCAAGAAAGCGUUAGCAGCGGCGAGCUCAGCAAAGAUGACGAGAGGAAGGAGUAUCUCACAUUCGUCAACAGGACCCGCUUUGAUUACUGCUCUUUGAGCAAGACUUCGCUCGGAUCCACAACAUGGGAUUCUUGCUUCUCGGACAGCAUUCAAGCCUUGACUGAUGGGAAAGUCGCUUCGAAGAGAGCUCUUGCUAUCGCCAAGGAGAUCGGAACGAUGUCUCAAAAUUUGCCAGCUGCCUGGGACUCGAGCGUGUUCAUACGAGUGGACGAAAAUCGAAUGGACGUCAUUAAGGCCAUGAUCAUUGGUCCUGAAGGGUCACCAUACUGGAAUGGCUGUUACAUCUUCGAUAUCUUCUUGCCGGGCGAGUACAAUCAGAUUCCCCCCAUGUGCAAGAUCGUGUCGACGUUUGGUGGACGACAUCGGUUCGGACCGAAUCUAUACGCCGAAGGAAAGGUCUGCUUGAGUCUGCUAGGAACAUGGUCGGGACCCGGUUGGCAGCCCAACAAGUCCACGCUACUCCAGGUAUUGAUCAGUAUCCAAGCUUUGAUUCUGGGAACACCAUCGCCUAUCGCUUGUGAGCCUGGUUACGAAAGUAAAAUCGGACAAGCCGCGGAUACUGCUUACAAUGCUAAUGUACGAAGGAUGGCUGUCAACACGGCGAUGAUUGACCAGAUUGUCAAGCCCUGUGCGCCAUUCAAAGACGUGAUCCACGAACAUUUCCGCAGGAAAGCCAGAGAGAUUAGAGAACAAUUGGAAGAGUGGGAGUCGCUGGAUGACGGUGGAAAGUUACAAGGCGACUCGAUGAGCGCUUCGCGUAGCUCGUCGACUGGAGGAGCAUCUGCUGAAUACAAGAAGAAUCUCAAGCGGAUGAGGCAGCUUUUGGACGAUCUCGAAGCGGGAAAAGACGUUACGACUCCAUAGACGACCAGAGCAUCAGCUCAUUUACGAACGAGUAUCCCCGAUUGAACCAAAUACGACCACAGCAGCUAGAAUAAAUUCCGACAUCAUCCACGCCAUCCAUACGUUAGACCGUACAUAUAUGUAGAUGUUUAAAUGCGUACGAGCGAUCAGCAUGUCAUGCAUGUCAUGCAUAUCCCGAA